GAUUAAUCCUCCAAUGCACUUUCACUUAGGACGAAUUCUCACUACGAGAGACAGAGAUGUAUCGUCAUCCUUUCAGCAUUGAGGUAUCACUAUUUCUCGAUUCAGUGAUAAGUAGAACGGAAGUUACUGAUGAGGAGAGUAGAAUAUAAAUUUUUUCGUCUCAAUAAAUAUAAAGAAAACCCCAAGAAACAGCUGGCAAGGGAACAUUUUAGUCGUUUGUAGCUCCAAGUUCCCCGAUCAUGUCGAUAAUCGACUCGACAAAUAUACCUCGAGAGACGGACAGUUCGAGAAUUGAAAAAUGGCAGACCAAUUUUUGUUUCCUUUAUCCUAAGGAGGUUAUGGCGUCAUCUUGUGAAUGAGGACAAAUUGAAAACCCCAAUAAAUAGGAAAAAACAUUUAUAGCACUAUUAAAUUAUUAUUGUCCUUAAAAAAACAUUGACAUUUCAUGUUGUCUAUAAUUUUAUAAGUCAACUACUUGAAAAGAUGCGACCGUAAUAAUAGUGAUAACUCUUGACGUCCCAUGACAGCAUUUUCAUCUUUAAAAAUGGAUAUUACAUUCGAUGAUAGAGUGAGUGCGUUACAACAAAUCAGCCAGAGAAAAUUUGUCGAAGUAUUGAAUUCAAUCCCAGGAAAAAAAGAUCUCAUAAUAGAGCAGAAAUUAAUGAAACCCUUGGACUCGUUUAUUGGGGCCACAGUACUCAAAAGACACGGAGUGGAUAAAAUAUUCAAAUUGGAGCCAGGGUUGAAACCGACCAAUACCCAGAGAAUAUUUUUGACAUCCUGUGAUUUGAUAUCAUGCAAACGAGUAUUAGAUCAAAUCCAGUCAGAAAUCUCUCAAGCUCAAGGAAUAUCCUUUCACAUACUAGCGACACCCCGAGUUCCUGCUGUAAUUCAUUCUCUAAUAGAGGAAGAAGGUUUGUCCGACCUGGUAACAACACGCCCACUGACUUGGGAAGCAAUCCAAAUAGAUGGUAAUGUUUUAUCUCUGGAAACAUCAAUGUUCUCGGAUUUGUAUUGCUACCGAGAUACUGGUCUCCUUUCAGCCUUAGCACAAAGUACUUGGUCUCUGCAAAUGGUAUUGGGAUGGCCAAAAUUAACUCUAACUUUUGGUAAAUAUAGUGAACAACUGCUAAAAAUGAUGGAAAUCAUGAAAGAAAGUCUGAGAUCACCAACAUCAGAAAGCGAGGUAGGUGGAUUGAUAAUAAUGGACAGAAGUUACGACUUUGUCUCAACACUACUCACUCCAGUGUCUUACCUUGGACUUUUGAGUGAAGUUAUAUCAAUCAAUGUAUCAACAGCUGUGGUGGACAAUAAUCAAAUGAAAUUAGAUCCAAAAAGGGAUCAUGUAUAUGAAGAUAUUCGUGACAUACAUUUCAGUGAUGUAUUCCCCAAGCUGCGAGCUAUGGCUAAAUCGUUGAAAACGGAGCAAGAAGCAACGAAGAAUAUGAAACUAGAGGAAAUGGGAAGAUACGUAGCUACAAGACUGCAAAAAACAACGGAAAUGAAAAAACAACUGGCUGUGCAUAUAUCUGGUUGUGAGGCAAUUAUCGGUGCCCUCGGAUCUGAGUUCGAGGGUUUACAAAGUACAGAAAAAGCAAUUCUUGAAUCCAGCCGUAGGAAAGAAUGUUUGGAUUACAUUGAAAGAAAUGUAGAUGAAUAUCCAAUGAGAAGUCUGAGAUUAUUAUGCUUAUUGUCAAUCACUGGUGAUGGGAUAACGCCCAAUGAGUUUCAGGCCAUCCAAAAAUCGUAUUUACAUGCCCAUGGGUAUGAAAAUAUUCCUCUGUUUCACAAACUUGAAGCUGCCGGUUUAUUGAGAUGUCGAAAGGAGAAUUUGCUUAAAAAGUUGCCCACCUGGAGCCGAGAGUGGUCUAGCCAUGCUCAAAAAAUUAAACUUUUACCUAAUCAGGGUAAACGGAGUGAAACCAAAAGUGCUUGUCCUAGUUAUGUGUUCAGUGGAGCUUACAUACCAGCUAUAGCACAAUUUUUGAAUAUCACAUUGGCACAAUCUACAGAUCCCAGGAGCUUCGAAGAACUUGUUAGCCUUCCGGAAUGCAAAGUGCGUUCUCCCAGGGCUGUAGUACAACCAAAAACGUUCAUAAUCUGUGUCAUUGGUGGCAUAACAUAUGGAGAAGUGUCUGCCUGUCGCCUCAUUGAAAAAUCCACAGGAAUCCGGCUUGUGAUGAUUUCUGAUUGUAUAUUGUCCGGAAAUAAAUUGAUUAGAAGUGUUCAAGAUGCCUAAUUCAAAGCGCACACUUUCGCAUCUUGAGAAGUAUCAUAUUUUCGUGUAAAAAAGUUGCAACUUCACAUUUGAAGAGAAAUUUUCGACUAUUUAAUGUAUAUUACUGAUCAAAGUACAAUAAUUAUGGAAUAUUGUUUAUAUAAAGUGACA